AGAGAGAGAGAGAGGUCGCGUGCUGUUUCAGUAUCAUAUCUAAUCCCGGAUUUUUUCCCUCUCUGUAUCUUUCCACGACGGUUGACCUAAUUUUUCGUCACAUCCAAUUGAAUUCGAGAUAGAGAGAAAGAGAAAAAGCGGAUUCUCAUCUGAAGAAUAGAGAGAGAGAGAGAGAAAUGGGUAAUUCGUUUGGAUGUUCGGCGUCCGGCGAGAGAUUGGUGUCGGCGGCGAGAGAUGGUGAUUACGUGGAGGCGAAGAUGCUCCUCGAUUGCAAUCCUUGCCUUGCCAAGUACUCCACUUUUGGUGGUCUCAAUUCUCCGUUGCAUUUCGCCGCCGCCAAAGGCCAUAACGAGAUCGUGGGGUUGUUGCUCGAGAACGGAGCAGAUGUCAAUUCGAGAAAUUAUUGCGGCCAGACGGCAUUGAUGCAAGCCUGUAGAUACGGACAUUGGGAAGUUGUGCAAACUCUUCUGCUCUUUCGAUGCAAUGUUACAAGAGCUGAUUAUUUAGCUGGAAGGACAGCGCUUCAUUUCGCUGCUGUGAAUGGUCACGCCAGGUGUAUUAGACUGGUCUUGGCAGACUUUGUACCUAGUGAGAAACUAAACUCUCUUCCUGAGACUGGUGUCGUCACAGCGAGGAACAAAUCCGAGCAAAGUGCAUUGUCUAAAUUUGUGAAUAAGGCGGCUGACGGUGGAAUCACAGCUCUUCACAUGGCUGCCUUGAAUGGAUUAUUUGAUUGUGUGCAGCUUUUGCUUGAUCUUGAAGCGAAUGUUUCCGCUGUGACAUUUCAUUAUGGAACAUCAAUGGACAUGAUUGGAGCCGGAAGCACGCCUUUGCACUAUGCCGCUUGUGGUGGGAAUCUGAAAUGUUGUCAGAUUCUCCUUGCUAGAGGUGCAAGAAGGAUGACACUGAACUGCAAUGGGUGGCUACCUAUUGACAUAGCAAGGAUGUGGAGUCGUCAUUGGUUAGAACCGUUGCUUUCUCCAAACUCGGAUGUCGUCAUUCCAGGGUUUCCUCAUUCCAACUAUUUAUCACUGCCCCUUUUGAGUAUACUCAACAUUGCAAGAGAGUUCGGAUUGCAGUCAGCAACCAUCACAGACGAGGUCGAUAUCUGUGCGGUUUGCUUGGAAAGAACAUGCACUGUUGCUGCUGAAGGUUGUGAUCAUCAGCUAUGUGUGAGAUGCGCGUUAUAUCUUUGCUCAUCGAGCAAUGUUCCUUCGGUGACAGUUGGGCCGCCUGGAUCAAUUCCUUGUCCUCUUUGCAGAAACGGAAUAGUUUCGUUUAAACGACUUCCAAGCUCCCUGACCAAAGAAAUGAAGUUACCUAUGUCACUUGGGUUCUGCGCACCGUGUAUGCUUCACACGGGAGACACAACAGAUCAGUCGUCACCGGCAACAGAACAGCAACAGCGUAGCAAGACCCGGGCAGCCUCGGUUUCGUCUGAUAUGUUCUGUCCGGUAACAUGUAGCCCAUUCCCUUCAGUCAACAUUCCAAUGUGCACCUGCAACGAUGGGACAUGUCCAAACUUUGAGACUCAUGGAGCAGAGAGACAUAGCGAAGAGCACGACGAAUCUUCUCCUCCGCGAACAGCAACUGAGCAGGAGAAGAUAGAAGAAGGGCAGAGACUUGGGAAGACAACAACUUGCUCAAGCAUGUUUUGGGGAAGAAGAAGCUGCAGCAGAGAGAACCAAUGCAAUUCCGAGAUCAAUGCUUGAUCACAAACAUUUCUAUGUACAGUGAGAGAGAGAGAAAGAGAGAAUCUAUGUCUCCCUCAUUUCUUUCUUUUUUAUUCGAGAUGAGCCACACAGAGUCUUCUUAGGUUUGUUUUGACUCUUGAGAGGCUCCAGAUAUAAAUUAUGGUGGAAGAUUUGUAAUUAUCAUCAUAAUGAUGGAGUCGUUUUGCAAAAUCUCUGUAUUUUUUUUAUUGUUAUGGAUCUCUUGUUUGUAGCAUUUGAUGAAA